AUGCCACCCAAACGCAAACUCAGCACCUUCGACCCCCCAAGCGACACCAACCUAACCCUCUUCCUUAAACACACCAUCCACACCAUUCUCCUCCUCGUCCCUCCCACCCAAACCCUCCCUCAACUCCUCACUCUGCUUCUCUCCACCCUUCAAGAACGCUACCCAGAAGGUCUCUCUCCUCUCCCCUCCCCCGGAAACCCCGCAUCAAAAGCCACCACCACCCUCUCCUCUACUACCACCACUCCCACAGAGCGCAGAAUUCCCCUCCCGGAAUCGAUCAAAAAUAUUGCGUUAGCCGUGCCACUUGAUCCCCAUGAUUUGAAAGCGGGAUGGACGGAGUUGCGGUUGGGACUAGGGGAUACGUUGGAGAGUGUGGGGGUUAGGGAGGGGGGUGUGUUGGCGUUUAGGUUUUUGGGGGAGGGGGAGGAGGAGGGAGAAGGAGAGUUUGAGGUUGCGUGGCCGAGUUAUGAGAUUUAUGAUGAGGGGGAUGAGGGGGAUGAGGGUGAGGAGGCGGAGGAGAGGACGUUGGCGGGGGGUGAGGAGGGUCUUUGA